AUGGUCAGCUUCCUUAUACCCUUCACUAUCAUCAAGAUUAAUGUGACUGACUCAAUCCAGGCGCAAACCCCCCAACAACGCCGUGCAAACGAAAAGUUCGCCAAGAGCGAAGCCGCUAAGCGCGGAAGAGGGCCAACUGUCGCGAAGCCCAAGCAGAGCAAGUCUCCAGUUUCCACAGGCUGGCUUGUGGUUCUGGCCUUCGUCGUCUGUGGUGGACUUAUCCUCGAGCUGUUCAGAAUCGUCCCUCAGAUCUGGGACACACUGGCCUCGAUGCUUACUCGAAUCACUGGAUAA